AUGGCGACCACUUGCUUGUUGAGGUCGACGAAUCCCAAUCUCGAUGAAGAUCUGGAGUGGAGUGGCUGGGCCUCUAGACAUGGAGGACUCACCUCCAGAUCGGAAGGCGAGUCCUCCAUAUCGAGAGGCUUGCCCGAGCCUCAACGAUCAUCGAGGCCUCGAGGGCCACUUAGAGGUCAUCGACGUUCAGCGGAGGGUGAUAUUGCCGGUGGGAAGGCGGUGACAUAUUAUUGUGAGCUCAACUCUCACAAUGACGCCCGGAACCAAGUCGGUGUGAUGAAUGUGACGAAGGAAAACACCGUUGCCGCCUAUGCCCAGAGCUAUGCAAACCAAUGGGCAGGCAAUUGCAGCCCUGUACACUCCAAUGGGCCCUAUGGUGAGAACCUCGCCAAGGGAACCGGCACGUUCAUGGGCACAUACACUCCCACUAAUUGUGGAUCUAAUUCUAGAAUAAAUAUUACAACACGAUACUACAAUUACAACGCCAACACCUACGCGAGCGGACGUGAUUGCUUGCACUACACUCAGAUAGUUUGGCAUGAGUUGGUCCGAGUCGGCGCUAGGGUCAAGUGUGUGGUAUGUUGUGUAGCAAUUACGACCCUCUAG